AUGUCUUGUUCUCGCAUCACCGAUUCACCAUACGGAAGCAAAUCCGGCCCCGAUACCGGCAAAAAUCAAUACUUUCCUCCCAUAACCCCUGCAUGGCACGAUAAGGCCUUGUCCGAGGAAAUCGCCGGCAGCCUCCACUCGCGGCCGUGGCUCUCAUUCCCAGUGCGCUCGUACGCGACUCCCGUCCACUACAAGGAAGAGCACGACCCGCAGCUUGGAGACUACCCCCAGCUGCCCUGGGUCUCGCGGCAACGUCUGCCUGCGCGCGGAUGGGACGACCAGCAGAUGCGUAGGAACUUUGGGGACCCUCUCCAUGAUAGAGACGAGAUCCUCUCCAUGUGGGGUCUCGAUGCGCCGGUCGUCCCGCCGUCGACUGCCCUCCGUCACUUCAUCAUCGCCUUCUCCGGCAUCGCCGCAUUUGGUGUGUUCUGCAAGUACGCGCUCGUUCCUGCAAGGCCAGCGGUGCCGCGGGAGUACCCCUUCUCUGGCCUGGUGACCGAGUUGGGCGGCCUCGAGGACAACAAGGCCAGGGAGGAGACUGGAGAGGAGGAUGAAUGA